CAAUUACGGUCUCUAUCUACGGUAUGCCAACGGUGGUCCAAAUGUAGUUUAUCUCCGUUGUCACCCUACUGCGAGCGCCUAUGUCCGCCUUCCAGAUCCUAGAUAUACAUGGCCAUAGCACACCCGAGCAAACUCAUAGCAGAGGUUUACUACUUGCGCUCUCCAACAACAGCAAUACUCGCAUUGGUGUUCUUCUCAUACAUUUCUCCUCGAAAGGCCUUGAGUGUGCCUGACUCUUCUUGAACCCAAUAACUUUGCGAAGACAAUAGAACACCAUGUCCAUGCGACAAGUCAUCGCCGAGCAGUAUGCAAAACUACCGGUGCUGGUCGACCCAGAAACGUUUUUAGGGAAGACCUACAUAGUCACUGGCGCUAAUAACGGUCUUGGUCUCGAGACAGCCAGGCAUCUCGUCCGCUGCUCGGCCACACGCGUUAUCCUUGCCGUACGUAACAUCGCCGCAGGAGAGGCGGCCAAAGCCGACAUCGAGCACACGACAGGCCACAAAGACGUGGCAGAGGUAUGGCAUCUUGACCUUUCCUCUUCUGCAUCAGUCAGGGACUUCGCUGGCAAGGCAAAGAAAGAGCUCGAGAGAAUCGAUGGAGUUAUUGAAAAUGCGGGUGAAAUGUUGGACAGCUGGACGGUAGCCGAGGGCAUGGAAACGUCCAUGACCGUCAAUGUUAUUAACACUAUGUGACACUAGGGCUAACAAGCCGCCUUAGAUACCCUCUCACUAAGCUCGUGGAAAUGUACACCGUGCGCGCCUUCGCCGCUGCGUAUCCGUUCGAAAAAACUAAUGUCAUCAUCAACAUGGUUGCGCCAGGCAUAUGCUCAACCGGCCUUGCUCAUGACACUUGAGUCCUCCUGAGGACAAUGCAGCGUAUCGUCCGUAUGUUAUGGGCGAGGACCGCGGAGGAGGGCAGUCGCACCAUUAUCCAUGCUGUGAUCGCGGAUGAGUCCACUCAUGGUAAACACUUAUCGGGGUGCGAAGUGAAAGAACACUGGAUAUCCCCAUCGAUGACUGAUGCUGAGGGUCAACGUACGCAGAAACAGAUAUGGAAAGAACUUGCUGCUUUGAUGGAAAGUGCCCAUCCAGGCUGU